AUGGUAGAGUAUAUUUACAACACCCCUGUUGACGACAAGCCCUUUACCGCAGAGGAGAUCGAUGAAGGAAUGGAUCUUUUGGAAAAAGCUGGCAUCAAUACUGGAUACGACGAUGCCGCUAUCGAGAGCUACGCUGUGUUUUGCAAACUCAGAGAGGAUGGAGUCAUUCCUAAUGGCCGAGCUUUCCUACCCCGAGUAGAGCCUCUGUAUGAGCAAGCACUUCAUCGUGCAAUGCGCAGAGUUCAAGACGAGAUCCCACACGAAGAUCUUGCCAUCCAGAUCGAUCUUGCAGCGGAGACGGCGUUUUGGGAGACUUCAAUCACCGAUCCAAAGGACAUCAAGGCUGAUUCUGGCCUCAACUUCUUCAAGCCUUGGUGGGACGGGGACGUCAAGGAGCGCUGCUUGAGCCACAUCAUACAUAUGGCAGAGCAAGUAGCUCAGGAUGUUGAGCUUGGAAUUCACAACUGCUACGGUGACAUGAACCAUCGUCAUUGGCAUGAACCCACGUCACUUGCCGCUGUGGUCGAUCGAGGUAUUAGUGUGAUGGAGGCUUCACCCCACAAGAUCAAUUGGUUUCACUGCCCAGUACCAAAGAGUGCUCUUGAGCGACCGGAAGUUGGUCUCGAUGCGUAUCUCGCGCCACUCAAAGACCUUGUGCCAUAUCUGGAGAAGAAUGACACAGAGCUGUAUUUGGGUCUUGUGCAUGAGCACAGACCGGAUCUCACGCAACAGAUGAUCGAAGCGGCGAAGAAGGUUGUUCCAGCUUUUGGAAUCGCAACGGAGUGUGGAGGUGGUCGGAUGGAGUGGAAGGACUUCGAGGGCGCGCUGAAGAUUGCAAAAGAGAACUCUGAGCCUUCUCUAUGA